UCUUCCAGUGACGUAAUCGGGCACUUCCGCCGACAUGAGGACGACGGCGUUGAUACAAAAAAAGACUGGAGGAAAACAGGAGAAUAUUUUAGCUGGAACACUGGAAACAACACAAUUUCCACACUCAUUUGCGCUCAUAGCUUUUUGUUCAAGGAUCACCAUUGAUCGACCCAUAGCAGUUGGUCACGUGAUUUUCGAACGGAUAUAGAUCACAUUUUUAGAGUUUAUUGUUCUUCGGCUGCUGCCCAGCUUCCUAUACAGUAGUGUUUAGCUUGGCUAGCUAGCAGUGGCUAGGUUAUAGUUGCGGCCACAUUGUGCCCUUAUUCUUAGUUCCAAUUUGCAAGUGCCACUUCAGGAAACGGUGUGUUUAAUCCCGUCAGUUCACCACUGGACUGCUUUAGCUCGGUGACAAUAGUUGGACGAGAAUGGCAACAUCGGCUCUCUACGCCUGCACAAAGUGUAACCAGCGGUACCCGUUCGAGGAGCUCUCACAGGGCCAGCAGCUGUGUAAGGAGUGUCGCAUCGCCCAUCCAAUAGUGAAGUGCACGUAUUGCAGAUCUGAGUUUCAGCAAGAAAGUAAAACCAACACCAUCUGCAAGAAAUGUGCCCAGAACGUCAAACAGUUUGGAACGCCCAAACCAUGCCAGUACUGUAACAUCAUCGCAGCUUUCAUUGGGACAAAGUGCCAACGUUGUACAAACUCAGAAAAGAAAUACGGGCCACCUCAGACGUGUGAGCAAUGUAAGCAGCAGUGCGCCUUUGACCGCAAGGAAGAAGGCAGGAGAAAGGUGGAUGGGAAGCUGCUGUGCUGGCUCUGCACUCUUUCGUACCGCCGUGUCCUGCAGAAAACCAAGGAGCAGAGGAAAGGCUUCGGCUCAUCUAAUUCCUCAUCGCUGAAUGAGAAAGAUCACCACUCCAGGCAGCAUCAUCACCACCAGCAUCACCAACACAGACACAGCAGCUCUCACCACAAGCUGAGUGGGAGCUUGAGUCCUGAGCAGGAGCAAGGAUUGUGGAAGCAGAGCCAUAAAUCAUCUUCAAUCCAAAAAGAGACUCCAAAGAAGAAGCCAAAACUGGAGAUGAAGCCAUCAAACGGUGACAGCAGUAGUUCCAUCACCCAGUCCAUGGAUUCAGGGGGUACUGACAACUUCAUACUCAUCAGCCAACUGAAAGAAGAGGUGAUGUCACUGAAGAGACUCCUGCAGCAGAGGGAUCAGACCAUACUGGAGAAGGAACGCAAGCUCACAGAGCUGAAAGCUGACUUUCAGUAUCAAGAGUCCAACAUGAGAGUCAAGAUGAACCAAAUGGAGAAGGCACACAAAGAGUCGAUGGAACAGCAGCAGACCAAGAACAGAGAGCUGAUGAAACAAGUGGCCGCACUGUCAAAGGGGAAAAAGUUUGAUCGAACAGGAAGCUCACUGCUGCUGCCCUAACACUUCUCCCAACCAGUGGGUGCUGACAUAGAGCGUGACGUCAUCGUUUCCACACUGUGAAAGUCUCCCUCCUUUGCCAUCAGCAUUGAUCUCUUCUUUGUUGGUAAAUUUCAUGUCGUUGCACAUGGAAACAAAAAAAAACUCUCCUUAAGCUCGACAUAUUUUAGAUAUUUUUUGUGGGUGACUUUUUCACUGGCUUGCAGGAUGCAACUUGUGGAUGUACGAUGGAACCCUUGUGGGUUCACACUGCCGGUCAAACAAACACGUAACAAGCAUCAUCAAAUCCCCACUGGAUUUUAUAUGGGUAUUAUGCGAUAUUUUUUUAUUUAUUCAACUGUAUUUCUUAGCUUAUUCCCUUUAUUUCCUCACAAUCUACAGUCAACCUAUCCCACGUUUUGCGGGUUUCUUCAAGAGCUAUUACUUAUAUUUUUCUAAAUGAUUGUGUUCUCCUAAAGGGAGAUCCUGUGCAACUUUACAAUGGAUGCAAAUAUGCGGCGAGUGUGAUUACUGAGUUGCUGCUCAUCUCUAGACAACACUCGGUAACACUCAAUGAAAAAAAAAACAGUGAACACAUUGGAAGUCUCCUGAAUGAAAAUACCUUUUGGCUGCCCUCCUUCUCACUGUGUGACAGCUUUGCUGUUUAACUUCAGUGGAACGAUUGUAAUUCUGCAUGGUUUUACCGCCAGGGACUUUUUAAAUUUCCCACAUCUAAUUUUUUUUUUAAAGAAACACUUUUAAAUGUAUUAUAUUGGGGGUCAGCUGUUGUAUAUUUAAACUCUUGCUCGUAUCUGUUUUAGUAAGUACAGUAUGUGUAUGGUAUGGCCAGUUGAAAUGAUCAUAUAUGUAGAGGAUGCUUUUUAAAGAUACACUCCUGUCACCUCUCAUUAUUGGGCUGGUUUCAUACUGUGCUGUCAGACAACACUUUUGUAUUUUUUUCGAAAACCAAGUGUUUUAAAACAAUUAAAACUGGCUAAACCAC